GAUCCAUCCUUGCUCUUGACCCUCAUGUCGCUUUCGGCAAUGGAUAUAUUCUGAAGAAUACAGACAUUUUCAGCGACUAAUGUGACACUGACAUACAUCGAGGCAAUGGCAGACGUACUGCUACGUCCAUGCUGGUCCCCGUGGUCCAUCACAGCGGCGUCUGCGGCGUGAUAACCCAUGACUCGAAUCUCCUUAUGUUCAGGUGCGCUUCUUCCCACUCCCCACUGACGACGGACCAGGUCUACGGAGAAACGUCAACACUUUGGACAAGAAUCCUGGAUGUUGCUGUCCGAACGCGGCCCGCUAGCUGGGAAGAUCUUCUCUUCACUCAAUUCACUAGUCCCACAGCUCAGCCUAACGAACACUGAUCUUCGCGUGCGAGCAGCCACCACCGUAUGCUCCUGAUGCUCGCUAUAGUCACCUGGGCUGCCGCCCUCGAAGUCUGACAGGGUAGAAAACACAUGCAUGG